AUGGGAAAAUUUCAGAUAGGUAAAGGAGCAACUCCUUCAUUGUCGCCUUUUUUCUUUCAUCCUCCUAUUCCAGAGAGACUUAAAGACCUUUCUGUAAAGAAUUGGAGUCAGUUGGCUGGAUCAGGCCCUGUGCCAUGGCGACAAGCACCUACUCUGUUCAAUUCUUCUAUUUCUCAGCCGGAUUUUCUUCGUAGGAUGCCCUAUGAAGUUGAUCUAUCUACCAGUAUUGACAGACUUAAUACAGGACCUUCCCUGGAGAAAAGGAAAGUCGAGGAUUUUUCGGACAGAUCGAUAAAUGGAAGCCUGAAGCUCGGUGCUGGGGAUAUACUCGAAAAUGGAAAUCCAGGAUUUAGUUGUGAGGAGCAAACUAGUUCGUGUUUAAAUACAUCUCAGCAGCCUUCAUCCUUAAAAGAGGAACCAUCAACUCCCCAAUUUAGCUUCUCUGUGCCUCAUAAAUCUGCAAAUGAAACAACUGGUGAUGGUCAGAUUCGCAAUGGAAGGCCCCGUGUUGAUGGUCGUGGGAAAAGUCAAUUGCUGUCUCGUUAUUGGCCCAGAUUUACUGAUCAAGAUCUACAGAAGCUUUCUUUGGGGUAUCCUUUACUUCUAUGAACUUUUUUUUGUGGGUUAGUGAAUGCACUUCUUUUUUUUUUCUGAUUGUGACACCAUUAAAUUGUUGAGGCAGUUCCAGUGUGAAGACUGAUUUCCUACUCUUGUUUGAUCUGUUCUGUUCUCCAUUUCAUUAUUGAAAUGAGCUAGGCUCUUCCUUUUCACAAAAAAAAAAAAAA